GAGAGAGAGAUGACGCUUGGGCUGGUAAAUGCGAACCCGUGUGUUCAGGCGAAGAAGGAGAGGAUUGCUAGAACCGAAGACCCACCUCACUCUGUUUCUGAUGAAGAUGCCGUUGAUCCUCUCGACAUCUAUGAUUUCGUAAGAGAUAUCAGAGAUCCCGAGCAUCCUUAUUCACUGGAACAGCUCAGUGUUCUAUCUGAGGAAUCAAUCACCGUUGAUGAGAAGCUCCGCCGAAUAUUGAUUACCUUCACUCCAACCAUCCAGCAUUGUAGCAUGGCAACAGUUAUUGGACUGUGUCUGCGAGUUAAGCUGAUGCGCUGUUUCCCUCCGCAUUUCAAGGUUGACAUCUAUGUUUCUCCGGGAUCUCAUGCAAAUGAAGAAUCAGUUAACAAGCAGUUGAAUGAUAAGGAACGGGUUGCUGCCGCCUUGGAGAAUCCCAAUCUUCGUCAACUAGUGGAUGAGUGCCUCUACUCUAAUGAACUUUAAGCCGAGUUGGUUCGAGCUGGUUUCUGAAGAAUUACAUGUAUGAUAAAUGCUUGGUUAUUUGAUAAGAAGACUUGAUCUGAAUGUAUAUGUAUCCUGUUGUGUGCAUGUUGAACGGACCUUGUUUUGUGUCUGCAUCUAUGAAAUGGAGUUCUGGUGA